AUGCGGUCGACUUCUAUCAUGAAAGGCCUGGUGGCCACAGGAUGCCUCAUUGCGAGUGCCAGUGCGGCUGCAGUAUUGACAGCUCGUGAUGCAACUACCUGCCCCGGUUACCAAGCAACCAAUGUGAAAAAAAGCCAUGGAAGCAUUGUCAGCGCCGACCUCACUCUUGCAGGUGAUGCUUGCAAUGUGUAUGGCACGGAUUUGAACAACUUAGUACUGCAGGUUGAUUAUGAAACUGAGACACGCCUUCAUGUCAAGAUCUACGACGCAGCCGAGCAGGUCUACCAGGUGCCCGCCUCUGUUCUACCACGACCAGGAAGCUCAAACUUCAACCCAGAACGUUCAGACCUGAAGGUUACCAUUGUAAACAACCCCUUCUCGUUCCAGGUAACCCGCAAGUCCAAUGGCGAAGUGCUUUUUGAUACAGCCGGCCAGCCCUUGAUAUUUGAAUCUCAAUACCUAAGACUGCGCACCAGUCUCCCCAAGAACCCUUAUCUUUAUGGUCUGGGUGAAAGCACUGAUCCUUUCCCACUGCCAACAAACAACUACUCUCGCACCCUUUGGUCUCGCGAUGCUUUCUUGACUCCCCAAUACGGCAACUUGUACGGAAACCACCCGGUAUACUUUGAUCAUCGGGGAUCCAAAGGCACCCACGGAGUGUUCCUCUUGAACAGCAAUGGAAUGGACAUCAAGAUCAACCAAGAUACCAAAGGCCAAUAUUUGGAGUACAACACCCUAGGAGGUGUUUUGGACUUCUACUUCCUUGCUGGCUCAAGCCCCAAGGAUGUUGCCAUUCAAUACUCCGAGACUGUUGGCAAGGCAGUCAUGAUGCCAUACUGGGGUUUCGGUUUCCACAACUGCCGAUACGGCUACCAGGACGUUUAUGAGGUUGCAGAGGUUAUCGCAAACUACAGCGCCGCUAACAUCCCACUUGAGACGCAGUGGACUGAUAUUGAUUACAUGGACUUGCGAAAAGUGUUCACUCUCGAUCCAUUGAGAUAUCCCGUCGAUCUUGUCCGUCAGAUCGUAUCCUAUCUUCAUGAACGUAAUCAACAUUAUGUCAUGAUGGUUGACCCUGCAGUGGCUUACCAAGAUUAUGCUGCAUUCAACAAUGGUGUCGAUGCCGGUGCCUUCUUGACUAUUUCUAAUGGAUCCGUGUAUCAGGGUGUGGUUUGGCCUGGUGUUGCUGCAUUCCCUGACUGGUUUGCUUCAAACACACAAUCUUACUGGAACAAUCAGUUCUCGACCUUCUUCAGUCCCGAUCACGGUGUUGACAUUGAUGCCCUUUGGAUUGACAUGAACGAAGCCUCCAAUUUCUGUCCAUAUCCUUGCUCAAAUCCUGCUGCAUUUGCUGUGACAAACAAUGACCCUCCUGCUCCUCCAGCAGUCCGCAUUUCCUCUCCUCGGCCUGUCGCCGGUUUCGGCCCUGAAUUCCAACCUCAAUGUGUUGCUACCGUGAACUUCACAGUUUAUGCCGAGACAUACUGGGGCGAGAACAUCUUUGUUCUUGGAAACUCUCCUACUUUGGGAGCCGGAAUCAUCUCUGGAGCUGCUCCAAUGAGCGCUAAUGAUUAUCCAGAAUGGAAGCUUACUGUUCAGAUGCCCGCCAACACCACAUUCUCAUAUGAAUAUGUUCGCAAGGAGGGCGACGGUAGCUGGAUCUAUGAGAGCAGCAACCGUACCAUUACUACUGGUGACUGCAACACUGGGCUCCAGUCUGUCGCGGACACCAUAACCACCAAGUCAGGAAACCAAAAGAGAGAUAUCGCACCUGUACCUCUUGUUCGCUCCCCAGUUGCUGCUGCAUUACAGAAACGAGAUGGUUCUAUGCUCGGUCUUCCUGGUCGAGACUUGAUCAACCCUAAAUAUGCCAUCAACAAUACCGCUGGUUCUAUUAGCAACUUGACCAUCCAAACCGAUCUUAUUCAUCAAAAUGGUCUUGCUGAAUACGACACUCACAACAUGUACGGAACCAUGAUGAGUGCUACCAGUCGAAAUGCUAUGCUUAACCGUAGACCGGCCUCCCGCCCUCUUGUCAUUACUCGUUCCACAUUUGCCGGUGCUGGUCGUGAAGUCGGCCAUUGGCUUGGUGACAACCUAGCUGACUGGGACCACUACCGCUGGACGAUUGCAGAACUUCAAGAAUUUGCUGCUCUCUACCAGAUUCCUAUGGUUGGAAGUGACAUCUGCGGUUAUGCCGGAACUACUACUGAUGAGUUGUGUUCUCGCUGGGUUUUCCUCGGCGCAUUCUCACCAUUCUUCCGUGAUCACUCGGGCAACGAUUCGCCUCCACACGAACUUUACCGAACUGAAGCUAUUGCGAAGGCUGCACGUGCUGCCAUUGACAUUCGUUACCGAUUGUUGGAUUAUGCCUACACGGCGAUGUGGACACAGACUCAAACUGGUUCACCCAUGAUUAAUCCCAUGUUCUUUGAGUACCCCUCUGAUAUCAACACCGCAACUCUUCCUUAUCAAUUCUUCUGGGGUGAUAGCAUUCUCGUGGCGCCUGUGACUGAUGAAAACUCAACAUCCGUGUCUGUUUACUUACCUAAGGACCUGUUCUAUGACUUCUAUACCGGAAAGCCCGUGACAGGAAAGGGAGCAGCAGUUACUUUGAACAACAUUGCCUUUGACACUAUCCCGUUGUACUACAAGGGUGGCAGUAUCGUCCCUCAAAGAAUCGCUUCUGCCAACACGACGGCUUUGUUGCGUCAACAAAACUUUGAGAUUGUCAUUGCGCCAAACACUUUCGGACAAGCAUCCGGAACUCUGUACCUCGAUGACGGAGACAGUAUCAACCAGCCCAAGACCUCUGUGAUCAACUUCUUUUACUUGGAUGGCCUGUUCACGAUGACGGGUACAUUUGGAUACGAUGUUGGCAAUGUGGUGAUUAGCCAGAUUACUAUCCUUGGACAGAACGUCAAGAAGCGCUCCGUCAACUUGAAGUUGACGGGAGCUCAUGUUGGUAUAUACUUGUGA